UCCCCAACGCCACACGGGUAACUUUGUGAUAUUUCCACAGUAUUACACUGCAUGUUUUGAGGUUAUACUAGUGAGUUUGCCAAGGGUAUUCCAUUUUCGGCAUGGUAGUCACAGUACUCACAACAAUUGCUACUUAGGCAACCACAGGACUGCGCCUCUAAGCCUUGGGCAAAGCUCUAUAAUAUAUGUAUGUAUAAUGCUCCUGCAAUCCCAAAAUCUUCAAACUCUUUCAAAAUCACGACAACUAUCUGUAAUCACAAAACCCCUAAAUCGCCUUCCUACGUUUAAAAUGGCGUCCGCAAAUCCUAUGCCUAUGGGACGCGCUGCCAGCUCCAAACCCGGUCACAGACCCAGCAGCGACAUAGCCUCGUUCAAAAAGGUACUCUCUUCUUCUAAAAGGGUUCUCGCUCUUUGUGGUGCCGGUCUUGGUGCCUCUUCUGGCCUUGACACUUUUCGAGGACCAGGUGGAUUAUGGCGCAAUUAUCGAGCGGAAAAUCUCGCUACCAUGGAUGCAUUUACGAGAGAUCCGGGCUUGGUUUGGUUGUUUUAUUCGUACAGGCGUCAUAAGGCUCUAGCGGCUGAGCCGAAUAAGGGUCAUUUUGCACUAGCUGAAUUGGCGAGGAGGAUGAAGAGAGAUGAUGAAGAGGGGUUUGUGUGUUUGACGCAGAAUGUUGAUGGUGAGUUGGGAGAGAUGCGUUUUAUCUUGCUUUUUGUUGUCAGGUGUUGCGCUUAAAAUGUACUGCUUUUGGAAAAAAGUGGGAGUUGCUAAGUGGCAAUCGUGGUAAAUACUUUGUCGAUUUAAUAUCCAUGAUCUGAGUUACAUAAAUCUACUUUUAGCGAUAUCUAGUAUUUGCUAAUUCAGUCAGGUCUGGCUCAACGUGCAGGUCAUCCGGAAGGUUCACUCAAACUUCUCCAUGGAUGUCUCUACGACAUCAAAUGCGCCGACCCCGUUUGCGAUUACCGCGAACGCAACAAUUUCGACGAUCCUUUCCAUCCAUCCAUCGCAAUCACCAGCGAAGAUGACGAGAAACUUUUACCCGCAGCAGCCAACGAGACAGUGAGAACUUUCCUCCCCCUAACCCUGAGCCCUGCAAUGCUAUCCCGGGCUGGGCCACAAGUCCAAGUAGGAUGCAGCUUCCUCGACAUUACACAUAGCUAAUACACUCCCAGCAAGCCAUGAUCACCUUCCUCGAUCCUAACAAAAGCACAAAUACCAUUUUAAAAGAUGAGCUUCCCCACUGUCCCAAAUGUACCACUGCUCUCCUACGUCCAGAUAUCGUCUGGUUUGGCGAGCCUCUCCCGGGUGAUACUCUAGAUGAAGUAGAUCGAUGGAUUGGGAAAGCACCCGUUGAUCUUAUAUUAGUUAUUGGGACCACGGCGAAAGUUUACCCAGCAGCGAGUUAUGUAGAUGUAGCUCGUAGUGCGGGUGCGAGGGUUGCGGUGAUUAAUAUGGAUGCAGAGGGAUUGGGUAGUGCGGGGGGUUUGGGAAAGAAUGAUUGGUUGUUUUUGGGGGAUGCGGGGACGAUUCUGAAUGAAAUUUUGAGUCCUUUAACUGAAGAGGAAGUGAAGAGUGGGGAGGAGGCUUCGAAGGUAUAGAAGGUGUGGAAUAGUCGCAUUGAAUACGGGAUAAUUGAGGUUCAUGUCCGGACGGUUAGAUGCAGCUUUCUGACCGAUAUCUAGAAAAGUGACUGUAUCGGCCUAUAGAGGAAGUAGUCUUUACCUCAAAGCCGAACCUCUCAGUCCUUCGAACCCUAAAACUUUCGAGUCUUCACAUCGAGAAGACAUCUUUUUUUUUCGAUUAAUAUGAUCUUGCACUCAAUAUUUCGAAUAGCAUUCGUUACAAAUUAUUGCAACACACACGUACACAUACACAUACACAUACACAUACUAAGAACCUCUCUCAUCUUUCAAACACUGAAUCCGAAUGGAUCGUCUUACCCACAUCACACAUUCAACCCUAAGACAUAGAAAUUUCAAGUAUUCUAUUAGUCAGAUCCCAUUUCUUUUCAUCCAA